AUGUUAGCUGCGCAGGUGCCCUUGGUCGGGGGUCCGGGGAGGCGGCGGGUGCGGCACUGGGGCGACCUAGCCUCAGGUCUUCAGGGCCCUCCUUUCUGUCGGGGUCCGCCUGGCAUGGGGCCCGGGAUCCUCGCCCCCCCCCCAGCUUUUAAAACACAGGGAGUUUGUAAGAAUCAUGAAAGAAUUCACACUGGAGAGAAACCCUAUGUAUGUAAGGCAUGUGGGAAAGCUUUUACCAGACCUAGAUAUUGUAAGGAACAUGAAAGAAUUCACACUGGAGAGAAACCGUAUGUAUGUAAGCAAUGUGGGAAAGCUUUUAACACACGUGCAAGUUAUAAGGUUCAUGAAAGAAUUCACACUGGAGAGAAACCGUAUGUAUGUAAGCAAUGUGGGAAAGCUUUUAACACAUGGGGAUACUGUAAGAAACAUGAAAGAAUUCACACUGGAGAGAAACCCUAUAUAUGUAAGCAAUGUGGGAAAGCUUUUAACACACGUGCAAAUUGUAAGGUUCAUGAAAGUAUUCACACUGGAGUGAAACCCUAUGUAUGUAAGCAAUGUGGGAAAGCUUUUACCAGACCUGGACAUUGUAAGGAACAUGAAAGAAUUCACACUGGAGAGAAACCAUAUGUGUGUAAGCAAUGUGGGAAAAGACUCCUGCUGUGGAUACCGUGGAAGAACAUGGAACGACUCUCCAGUGUCCUUCCAAAUGAAGAGAACAGCUUCAUGCAAGUGAUAGAUCCAUGGUAG